GUGAUAGCAAACUACGACUUUCGCCCGACUGAUAACGAGGAACUUGAGUUGAAACGCGGGGACAUCAUAUCGAUCCUCGAGAAGAAGGAUCCAAAUUGGUGGAUGGGUGAGAUCGUGAGGGGCACCCAAGUUUGUAGGGGCCUCUUUCCAAAAACAUAUGUAUCUGCUUAUACUGAUUGA